AAUAUCAAAACAAACUUUUGUCGUGUUCUACAUUGUUCAUGCUCUAAUAGCAGCUCUACUGCUCAACUCCGAACCCAAUUUGCUAGUAUCUAUGUCCACCGAUAACGACAAUUUAUGAGAUGAUGAGUCAGCUUAAGGACAUUUGUCUGCCCAUCUCCACGUCGGAUUUGGAGAAUUCCCACUUUUAAAUCUCCUUCUUCCACUGUUCCUGAGGGUCAGAGAAUGAAAGUGUGAGACAGGGUUUUAAAAAACAGAGCCUCAUUAAUUGUUUCCAUUUCCAUAGCUUCUCAAAUCAAAUGUAUCACUACUUUCAGAAUCAUCAAAGAAAUGGGCCAACUGAACCAAGAAGAGAACAAGGAGCAGGAAAAGAAGAAAGAAGAGAAGAAAGGGGAGAAGAAGGAAGAAAAGCUUCCAGACAUUGUCUACAGGGUUGCCAUGAAAUGUGAAAAAUGUUGCUCGAAGGUUCGAAAAAUCAUUGCAGGACAGGACGGAGUAGCGGCUGUAGCCUUUAAUAGGGAGAGCGGGACAGUGGAAGUGCAAGUAGAUGCAGCCGCGCGGGAAGGGCUACGGAAGAGGAGAGGAAAAAAUGUUGCGCCGAUUUCGCCCGUGCCAGAACCACCAGAACAGAAGAAGGAAGAAAACAAAGAACAGAGAGAACCGAAAAAGGAAGAGCCUCUUUAUGCGCUAGUGGCGAUGACGUUGUCCCUCCUAGCCUUCGCUCUUUGUGUCAGUGAGCUGCUCUACAAUGGACUAAAAGAUGACAUCACCUUCCGGCGUCCACCGGGCAAGAUACCGUGGUUUUAUUAUCCACCUCGCUCUGAGAAUUCCGAGCGUUUUGGUACCUUUGCAGAUCUCAUUGGCUUAGUUAGUGCCAUAUCCCAAUGCAUUGUUACAGCAAUCAAUUAUGAUUCUGCGCGCAGGGCUGCUAAUAGUCCUAUCAAAUUCUCAUUGUUGCCUAUCAUCUUUGCCUUUGGCCUUUUAUGUUCAAAAAUUGUAGAGACCGCAGAGAAAAGGGCUUCAGGCAGAAAAGGGCUUCAGACAGAAAAGAGCGUUGAGGACCGUGUCUGAUCAGAUUACGGUGUUGCAUUGUUACUGCAAAUGGAUAUGGUUCUUCUGUUCUUCCUGCUGUGUUGUGUGUUAGGAAUGCUGUUAUACAAAAUCUAUAAUAUUUUGUUAUUGUUCAUUUCAUUUUUUUUCUCAUAAAUAAUAACUUUCCCA